AUGUCGCACAGCAAACGCAACACGUCACUGGCGUUCUUCACGAGCUACGAGCGGGACCAGCUCAAGUCGACCUGGGGCGCGCAACGGACGCGCCUAACACGGGACUCAUUCCUGCCGUUCGGAUCGUGCAAACUCUGCUUACUCCCGUCACGCGACCCCGUCGCCUGCGCGCACGGCGACGUCUUCUGCCGCGAAUGCGCCGUCAGCAACCUGCUCGCGCAGCGCAAAGAGAUCAAGCGGCUAGAAAAAGAAGCCGAGAAGCGGGCGGCCGAGGGGGCGGAAGACGCCGUGCGCGCCGCGGCCGAGGAGGAGCGCCGCGCUGUCGAGGACUUUGAGCGCGUGCAGAUGGGCUUGGAGAAGAAGGGCGUCAAGGGCGAGAUUGUGGCGCGCGAGGGCGGCAAGCUCGUCGUUGAGCGUGAGGAGCUCGAGGGCCCGAAGAAGGGCGCUAAGCGCAAGUUUGAGUUCGAUGAGGAUGAGGUGCUGAGGCUUGCGCGCGAGGACAGGAAUAAGGCGCGCAAGGCGCUGAAGGACGAAAAGAACGAAGCGCUCGCGCGAACCCAACUGCCCUCCUUCUGGGUGCCCUCGCAAACGCCAACAACCGACACACACAACGCGAGCACACAAGCCAAGAAGCUCUCGCCCAUCUGCCCCGGCUCCACCGAAGACGACACGCACGCCUACUCGCUAAAAACACUAACACCCAUCCUCUUCAGCGAAGACAAGCAACAAAAAAGCAGCGCCGCCUCCGACGAGCCCAUACGCAGCUGUCCCAGCUGCCGCAAAGCCCUGACCAACGCGCUCAAAGCCGUGCUCGCCAUCCCCUGCGGCCACGUGCUGUGCAAGCCCUGCGUCGCAAAGUUCAUGACGCCGCACGCGCGCGCCGACGCCCAUGACCCCGAUGCCGAGUUUGGUGUCGUGCGGUGCUAUGUGUGCGAGACGGCGUUGGGGGAUACGAGAGAGGGGGAUACGAGGGAGGACGGGAAGGGCAAAGAGGGGAAGAAGAAGAAAAAGGAUAAGGAGGCGUUGAAGCCUGGCCUGGUCGAGAUUAGGAGCGAGGGUACCGGCUUUGCAGGCGGUGGAAAGAACGUCGUCGAGAAGAAGGGCGUUGCGUUUCAGUGCUGA